GAGUAGUAGCUGAUCAAGGUUUGGAGAACAGACGCAACCUUUUCACAGUACCAGUGGGCACGUGGUUUAGUUAUUGCAUAACGUGGUCUGUAGCGUCCAGGACAAUAAAGUUAUACAUGGACGGUGAUUUGGUAGGAACAGACCAGACAGCAUCGGGGAGGAGGCUGACGAUGGGAGGGCAGUUAUGGUUUGGUAAUCUUAAUGGUGGUGGACAUUCUAGGCAUAUGUUUGGAGGAGACAUUUAUCAGUUCAAUGUAUAUUCCAAUGUAUUGGAGUCGGCUGAAAUAAAGAAAAUAGCAGAAGGGGGACUAUGUUUUGAUUUAGAGGAAUUUUCCGACACUAGGAUCCUUCAAUGGGAGGAUAUUCUGGACAGAUCACGGAGUGGGUCUGUGAGUGAGGUAAAAGUGAUCAUUGAGGUAAAAGUGUGUGAGCGGAUAAGGAAACUAGAUACUCGGUUGAGGGAGUCACAAGAGAAACUGGCAAGUGUGACUGGAACGCUGAACGGAACAGAGGCUCAACUUAGUAGGUCGGAGGAGAAAGUGGAGACACUAGCCAAUCUUCUUAAUUCAACUCAAGAAGAGUUGGAGUCAACUCAACUGAAUUUCACUGAAGCUAAGAAGCAGCUUAAUGUAACGAAGGAAAAGCUGGUCACUACAGAGGAGGAGCUGAAGGGGGUAACAUCUGAUUUGGAGGGGGUGACAGCUGAGCUGGAUGAGGUGACUGCUGAUAUGAACAGGACUGAAAUUUCAUUGGAAACAGUUACCGGAGAUCUAAACUCGACACAAGCAGAACUAGGAGCUAUAAGUGAUGACCUGGAAACUUGCUCCGCUGGCUUAAAAGACAUAGAGAGAAAGUUUAAAGAAUCUCGAACAUUCCACAAUGUCACCAGAUGGGAUAUCCUGCUCACUCCCCCGUAUUUCAACAAGGUCUUCUCAAAUGAGCUGUUCCAGCAACUCACCACCAGUUGGAAUAUGUUGGAAAGGUUUGUGGGCACGAACAUGACGGAGGGUGUUAUACAACAUUUCCGGCACUUCCACCGAAAUAAAAUGUGCGAAGCCUUCGAGCUCACAAUGCUUGAGCACUUUAAGGGUACCGAGAUCACAACAGGACUUAUAGCUCACUUCAUGGAAACUCAUACGGAGGAAUCAGAUUGCGAGAACGACACGGACACUGAAUCAUAGGCCGGGGACGACACAGACACUGAAUCAUAGGCCGGGGACGACACAGACACUGAAUCCUAGGCCGGGGACGAGCCAACAUCUUUUUUGCUGUGUUCUUCUCUCACAGUCUUUUAAGUAUGUGUUAUGAUUAUAUUAACUUAUUAAAAUUAAUGAGGCUGUAAGUUGAAUACCUCAUACAAACGGUUUUAAGUUAUUUGUCAUCAUCCUUUUAUCGAUCUAACAAAAAAUUGAUUAUUGUUGAUCAAUCAAAAUAUUGCAAUAUGCAUUGUAAAAUGUGGUUGCAUUUGUAUUAUUCUAUGGUCGAUUGAGAAACUUUUUUUAUACAAUUUGUGACAUUUACGAUUUCAACUGAUAACUUUCUUAAAUA